CCUGGGCCUUGCAAGCAUUCAACUGGGUUUUGUUGGAAAAGUCAAGAUUCCAAGGCCCUCGGGCUUCCCAAGUGCCCAGCAAUAUCACCUAAGGACGGGACACUUUGGAUUGCGCUGGAACUUGUUGGUGCCAUUGUAUCUUUCACCAUCUUGCAACCUAUCUCCACCACCGCAUCCUGCCUGAACCCGGCUUCAAUACACAAUACGUACCUCGUCUCUCGUUGACCAACCUCGUCCCUUGCAGCAAGGGCACCUCGAUCGAAAUCAGGGUACUACUACUACUCAGCAUUAUCGCAACCUCAGGGCAAAGUGCCAAUCGUUCUUUUCAUGUUGUUCCUGGAUACCUCUUGCGACAUCAUCCAUUUCUACGGUCACUCUAUCUACCCAUCGGUUCGAAUAUUGUUCGCCCUAGGGAACAACGAUCGUUCCCAAAUCAACGUUGAAAGGGGAUGAUCCUCUUUGGCCGUUGAUUAACUAUGAAGCACUGAACAAGUCAACGGUGCAUCUACGCACAGCCAUUCGUUUAAAAAUACCACACUCGCUUGAACGCGACAGGGCCACCGAACUCCUGUCCGCGCCAUGUAUAUUUACAGCAUUCUCACUGCACUGAUGGUGGUCAGUGCAUCUGCUGACGACCUCAGUGCAUUGAGAUUGCCAAAGAGAUACAUGCGGAGAAUGAAUCCUUUGACCAAUACCUCGAUCCCCCUUCCCGUCAAGGAACCUCCAUCGUCUAUCCCUCCCCCAGACUCAAUAUCUGACACAUCGUACUCAACAUCUAUCUUGCCCACGGUCAUGACAUUUGUCCAAGGACCAGAAAACACUCCUCCAACGAAAUCGCCCAGCUCUGGAUCAACACCACUGACAUUCUCCUCUCUACCUCCAUAUCCCAAUGUAACGACACAACAAGCGGCCUGUUUUGGAAUUGCAACAUACACGGAAAGCAUUCCUCCCACUGUUUUUGUCACGGUAGAUGAACCAUUUGAUGUCACUGUCACAGCCAACGCUUCAGUCUCACUCAUGGUUCUCGAAACACUCGUCACACCUCCUCCAGCAUGUGGCCAUACAAUCCUACCGGCUGUGUUCUCACCCAACUUUAAAUCGUUCAACAGUCCCGCGCCAACAUCAGUGGGGGAACAGCCUCGUCCAGGCGUAGCACCAGGACCAGAGAGUCCUCCUGGAUCUCCCAAACCACGACCAUCACCAGCACCAGCACCGGAUCGACCUGCCGCCGAGUCAACGGAAAUGUUCUUAGUUCCAACGGAAGAAUCCGCAACAGAAAAGGUUUCUCAAACUGUUGUGUACUCCAGUGUUCCAUACACCAGCACCGUUACCGUGACGCGAAAGACCCCCGUUCCCGUUACCGUUCCUCCCACUUCAGGCCCUGACGUCAACUUCGACCCUAAUCAGCCAGGGCCUGCUGGUCGCCCUGGUCAAGGUGGUGGUGGAGAGGCCGGUGACAGUGGUGACGACGACAACGACCAACCUACCAUCACCCCAGGUCCUACACGACCACCUCGUCCAGGACAGACUCCACCAGGAGGACCAACCUCACGUCGACUAGGCGACGUCGUCGCAUCAAUCAUCCUGUCCGGGAUCGGUGGGUCUUCUGACCCCAGCACAAGGCGAACCACUGUCGUCGGGGGAGUCCCCGUUGUGGUACUGCCAUCGUCAGUCGUGAUCGGCGGAUCGAGAGUGGCCAUCCCGCCUGAAUCGACGACGUCGGUUGUCGUCAAUGGUGUGACUUACGGUGUAGGACCGUCUGAGGUGGUGGCACCCUCUGCGACCAUCACGCUAGCCUCGAUUCACCCAGACCACGACCCCAGGGUUAUCCGGCCACAGUCAAGCACGACGGUUGUGACUACAGGUCAAUGGACAUUGACCGUGGCAUCCAGCGUGGCCGUCAUCUCUGGGACCACAUACCGCAUUGGCCCAGGAGCACACGCAACUUCGGUCGACGUCGGUGGAAGCACCGUAUCAAUUGGGCCUGGAGGCAUUGGGCUACCACAAGAGACAGGGGCCACAACGGGCCCCGGCGCCGGCCGCUAUAUGAUCUAUACCGUCGACGGCCACACAUACUCAGUUGGCCGCUCAGAAGCCAUCAUCGGCAGCACCACAUACCGCGUCGACUCAGGUGCUCCGCAGACGACGACCGUCAUCGGUGGCCAGACUGUCUCGUUGGGUCCUGGUGGAGUCGGCCUUGCGUCCACCACGUUGGGCCCAACGGAGGUGCCCUCUUCGACAUCCUCCGGCGCUGCUUCGACUCAGAGUUCAUCAGACAAUGCUGCUCCCCGCAGCGUCUCAAGAAUACCAUAUUCAGAACUCUUGGGCUGGUAUUUAACACCGCUGGUCUUUCUGACAUGUUGGCUUGUUUUUGCUUGAUAGACCCAGGAGGGCAUGUGUAACGAUUUGAUUUGCGAUUAGACGACUUUGUUUUAUGGACCAUCAUGAGUGGGAGGACGGGAAUACAUGCAUAUAUGUGCAUUUACUUUGAUUGGUCAGCCGCGUUUUGGUGUCACGGUUGUGCAGCAUUCCUGGGUAUAAAACGCAGCUUGGAAACUGUGUAUCUGGCUUGGGGUUACGGAUCUGUCGAUAUGAAUGAUCUGGAAAUAGGUCUGAUCGCGAGGGAAAGUGAAAAUAUAGGAUGUAUUAAUUAAUAAGAACUGAUCAACGAUGCAAUCAAGGAACUCAGACAUGAGAAUUUGAAACUUAAUCUUGAUUGCGAUAUAGAGGA